AUGGGGAAUGGGAGUAUCUCCAAGGUGAGAGGAAUUGGAGAUGUUGGUUUGAAGACAGGCGAAGGGGUCGAGUUGGUGCUACGAGGCGUCAGGUAUAUUCCUAGCUUCAGAUUUAAUUUGUUAUCCGUAGGGAAGCUAGAGACAAUGGCUAUAGCAGGUUCACUGAGACAGACAAUGCACAGAGUAGCUACAGAUAGUUCAGGACGAGACCUUAAAGGACCAACAACAUUGAUGGCCAGAACAGAUCAGAAAAACUUGCCAUCAGCUCACGUUAAACAGUUGAGAAGUACAGAAAAGGGAAACGAGAAUUUGAUAGGCCAUCAAGUUCAUACCUCAGCUGUCAGACGUUCAGGAGAGCUGGUGAAGUCGCAUAGGCGAAUUAGUGCAUUUAAAGGUACGGGUUUUGUUUCUAGUGUGGUGACAGACUUGGGUGGAAGUGCCAAGUCAUCAGGGGAAUCUUCCUUUAAAGGUCGUUGGACGGACAAGGCGUCGUUGCUAGCAGAAGUAAUCCAACACGUAAAAGAGCUGAAACGACAGACAACAUUGAUAGCCGACGUAAGUCCGGUACCGACCGAGCUCGACGAGCUAUCGGUGGACGUUGACGCGUCGGACGAGGACGGGAAGUUUGUGAUCAAAGCCUCACUUUGUUGCGAGGAUAGGUCGGAUCUUCUGCCGCAGAUCAUCAAAACCCUCAAGUCCCUUCACCUGAGAACUCUAAGAGCCGAGAUCACCACCCUCGGCGGUCGAGUAAAGAACGUCUUAUUCAUCACCGGAGACGAUGACUCCUCSUCCUCCGGUGACCAACAAGAACCUCAACACCACCACCAAUACUGCAUCACUUCUAUUCAGGAAGCACUCAAGGCCGUGAUGGAGAAAGUUUGUAGCGAAGAUCAUUCCUCCUCAGGCAGCACCAAGAGACAAAGGACUAACAACAACAUUAAUAUCAUCGAACACAGGUCUCUCUAAUUCAUCAAACACACCCAAUCCCAUCCUCACAUGGUUCAAACAUGAUUUUUUUAUCUAAUUAAGCCCCAUUUCAUACCCAUUCUCCUUUUUAUUUUCUAUUUUUUCAAAACCUUUUCCAAA